AUGGCAACCGCUUCACCAGCACCCCGGACCCCGGGUCGGACUCAGCCUUCCGCAGAAGUCCCUCCUGUCGUCACGGACACCAAAGACCAACGCCGAACAUCUUCUUUGGGUUUUCUUCGUCGCUCCAAGUCUAUUGAAAUUCUAGGCGAAAGACGCUCGUCCGGAAGCAAGAACGGAAAGAAGAUGCCGAAGGCUCAGACGGCGGAAGAAGAAGCUCGCCGCCAGCGCGAGUCAAUGAUGUAUCAACAACCCCCGCGUCUACCUGAUCUCUCGCCGGCCCCAGUUCUUGAGACCUUUGGCGGCGAUGAGCGCCGGGACACUGUUACUGCACUUGCAAGCCAGCCCGACUCAGCUCAGCAGCAAGCUGUGCCCCGCAGUACGAUAAGCACGCCAGUUGCCCCAGAGCCGAGCGACGCCUAUGCACGAGCAGAGAGCAUGACACACCGUGGACGCUAUAGCUACGCAAGCAGUGCCGUUAGUACCGUCAACAAUCCGCGUCGGCUGCGUCGGCGCAAGGAUCCCACCCCGUACAAUGUCCUUGUUGUCGGCGCAAGCAACUCGGGCAAGACCUCGUUUCUCAAUUUCCUCAAGAAAUCCUUGGAAUUGCCGCCGCAUAAGCACCCCUCCCGUUUGCCAGAGGAAAUCGCAUACCAGGCUCGCCAAUCCCCCGCCAAUGAGGGCUACGUUUCCCACUAUCUGGAGACAGAGAUCGACGGCGAACGAGUCGGUCUGACCCUCUGGGACUCUCAAGGUCUGGAGAAGAACAUUGUUGACAUCCAGCUACGAGGGGUGACUGGGUUCCUGGAAAGUAAGUUCGAGGAAACGCUAAGUGAGGAAAUGAAGGUUGUUCGGUCACCUGGAGCUCGCGACACCCAUAUCCAUUGCACCUUUUUGAUCCUGGAUCCAGUCCGCUUGGAUCAGAAUAUAGCGGCUGCAGAGCGGGCUGCGCAGGGAACCCCAAGGGCAACUGAUACACCUGUCAUUGGUGUUCUCGACGAGCGUCUUGAUGUUCAGGUCCUGCGAACCAUAGUGGGCAAGACCACCGUUGUUCCGGUUAUCAGCAAGGCCGAUACAAUCACCACUGCCCACAUGGCUUACCUCAGGAAGGCUGUCUGGGAUAGCUUGAAGAAAGCCAAUAUUGACCCGCUGGAGAUCCUUUCUUUGGACGACCAGGAAGAGUACACAUCUUCUGAGAGCGAUGAUGAGGACGAGGAGGCGCAAGGUCAAGAUACCGAACAGGAUGCGGAGGCCAGCGCUGCGAACGAGGAAGGUGCAGAGGCCCGGUCUCCACGUUCGCCCUCCCAGCGCAGCCAGGACACGCGCAAGUCUUCCGGUUCCCAAGCCGUCGUUCAGCAUAUUCCUUUCACCAUCUUGUCUCCUGAUCCACAUUCGCUAAGGGCUGGCGACGAGCCUGUUGGGCGCAAGUUUGCCUGGGGGUUCGCUGACCCGUACAACGCCGAGCACUGUGAUUUCCUCAAGCUGAAAGAGGCCGUAUUCAACGAAUGGCGCUCUGACCUUCGCGAAGCGAGCCGUGUGGUCUGGUAUGAGAGGUGGAGAACCAGCCGCUUGAACCGUAAUGUUGCUGUGGCCAGCGCUGCACCCCAGAAGAAGCUGUAUGCGGGGAGAACUGGUCCGGAUAGCGACGUAAAGAGGGGCGGUUUGACUCACGGUCUGGCCGGCAGGAAUGUGGAUUCUGGACCCCAAGCUUUCUCGGCCGUCAUUCGUGAGACCAGUGGAUAUCUGUCGCACAUUAAUAUCGCGCCCAGUGGGCCGGCGUUGCGCUCGCAAGGCUGCAGAGGACUAAUACUGUACAGUUCUGCACCAUAUCUUGGCUCCUCUUGUGUGGGCGAUCGGCUGUCGCACUUGUCGCACUUACACCUACCCGUGGUGGACGACCCAUGGUCGCGAGGCCGUUCCAAGUCCCCAAGCGGCCGUAUCCGCGAGCGUUCCAAGUCUCGCGAUUAUCGCGAUCCAUCCGGCGGUGAUCCCCGCAGUUAUUACACCUCUGACCUCAAUGAUGGAAAGCUCCGCGCUCGAUCACGCAGCAGAGGUGUAAGCCCUGGUGGCGCUCAUCGGACUAGCUCGCGGUAUGGCGCUGCUGGUCCCGAUUUCCAGUCGGAUGGACGGGAAGCCUACCUGCGACCCGAACACGGCCGCGAUCAUUAUUAUCAAUCCGAUUCGGGAGAAAGCAAAGGGACAAGGCGUGACGCUGGGCCGCGCAAUUCACGCCAUCGUCUAUCUGUUCACUAUGAAAGUGAGUCUUCGCUCGACUCGCUGAGUUCGGACGAUGAUGAUGCGCUUGCAUAUGGUGAUCUUCCCGGGAGCCGCGACAACAAAACAUACGGAAUUUCAGGUCUCAAGCGCUAUAUGCCUAAGCUUGGUUCUACACGUCGCAAGGAUCCUGCUAUGAUGUCCGGGGCUCUUAAUAACGAUGCGGCCCACGGAAGCAGGCCGUCGCACUCUCACACCCCUUCGAGAGAAGAAAUCAAAGGUAGUUUCGCCAGUCCCGAGCCUUCCCCCUACGGCGGCUAUCCUGCAUCAUCCACAGCUCAGGCCAACUGGGCACCGGUCCCUGAGUGUGAGCGACCGGGCUUCGUGCCGCCAACUUCUCAGGCGCAAACUCCAUCCAUGCCCGGGGCGUUUCCGUAUCCUGCAACCACUGAGCCCUCUGUACCUGCUACAACCGCAGCCGCCACUACUUCCUCCGUACGCUACGUGACUCCACAGGGCUUGCAGGAGACUUAUUCAUCGUUUAAUGGCCGUCCGCUGUCGAUGCCUGGGGGCAACGCCUACCCUCAUGUGGCUUCGGCACAUCAGCGCACUGCUUCGGCUGCUUCAACUGACGCGACUGUCAAGACACCCUACGCUGCCCCACCUCAGUACCAAUACGCGCACAUUGAUCCAAAUGUCAAAUAUGCUUCUAAGAGCGCAGCAGAUAGUGCAGCCAAGCCGGUCGCAUACUCAGCAACACCUCAAUUCUCCACCAAAACGGGAACUACUGCGGCAAAACAGCCACAGGUUGCCGAUGUCAAAUAUUCUGCUAACCCUCAAUUCUCUAAGGUGCCUGCCACCAGCUCGGGCAAUAGGAUGGAGUAUGUCGAAAUAGCGCCUCGGACCACCACGCGUCCUCACAGUCGCUCCGUAUCUUCCGUCAAUAACCUCACGGUCGAGGGCCCCGACCCCACCGGCAGGCCUGCCAGUCCAAUGCUGGAGCCAUACAAAGGCACGUAUCAGAGCAUAUCACCCAUGCCAUCGCCGAUCGUCAUUGCCCCCAGGCUGGACGGCGAUAUUUCCGACAUGGAGCCUCUUGAGUAUGAUUCGGAUGAAGAACUCAGGGUACAUAGACGGAAGAAAUCCAAGGAUGAUCGAGAGCGUACGAAGUUGACAGUCGAACGCCCAAAGCGUGAGAGCAGCCGAAAGAGGGAGAGCAGCCGCGUGCGGUACGAACACCGUGCUUCUGGGGAACUUGAGAAUGUCGUGGUGAGAACCCCCAGUCGCAGCCAGAAACGCGUGUCAUUCUAUGAUGCGGGUCCGGAUGCCGCAGCGCUUCACGACGCCCUGGAACGGCCACGACAUCCCGAUAGAAAAGCCCUGAUCCGCAUACUGCCACGUUUGAGUGCAGAUGAAAUCAUGGAACUCCGCGACGAGUUCAAAAGACAUAACAAACUGCAUGGGAAGGGAAUCAACAUCGCCAAGCUCAUCAAACUUAGGGUUGGAGUCGAUGCGUUUGGCAAGGCGUGCCACGCCACCGCUCUUGGUCGAUGGGAAUCCGAAGGCUUCUGGGCGAAUUGCUUUUACCAGUUGGGCAACUCUAGGCGUGAACUCCUCAUCGAAUGUCUGUUUGGUCGCACUAACCGAGAGAUCCGCGAGAUCAAGAAGGGCUUCUCAGAUUCACGAUAUAAAGACAGUCUGGAGAGGUGUAUGAAGGCCGAGUUGAAAGGAGACAAAUUCCGCACGGCGGUGCUCCUUGUCCUGGAAGAGAGCCGACAGAGCGAGCGCGACCCAAUUGAUAUGCGCCUGGUGGACGAAGAUGUGCACAACUUGUAUGCCGCACUAAUGACACAACAUGGGGGAGAAACGCCCAUGAUCUACAUCAUUGUGCGGCGGAGUGAUUCGCAUUUACGAGAGGUCCUCCGUGCGUAUGAAAAGAGAUACGGCCACAAUUUUGCCAAAGCCAUGAUUAGCAAGUCCCGAAACCUGGUGGGAGAGACUCUUGCGCAUAUUCUCAAUGGAGCCAUCAACCGGCCGAUGCGCGAUGCUCAGCUCCUCCACCAAGCCCUUCGCGAGUCCCGCCCGGGGAAGGACCGGUCAGACCUACUGAUCUCGCGCCUCGUCCGGCUGCACUGGGAACCGCGGCACCUGGAGCGCGUGAAGGAUGACUUCAAGCAGCGAUACGGGCAGCGCCUGGAAUCGGCCAUCAAGGAAGAGGUGUUGACCAGCAGCGGCGAGAGCGACUGGGCGGAGUUUUGUAUCGAGUUGGCGCGCAGUUCGAAAGUCUUGGCUACUCGGGAUUACUAG